AUGACCCUCCACUGGCAGACAGUAUCGCCACAAACACGGCCACUCACCCUCACCGUCCUCGACCUCACCCCGCUCGCUCUCACCGUCUCGCUCUCCCUCACUCCUUCCGCGUCGCUACCACUCCAGCCGUCCACCCACCACGCCCACGGCGUCCACGGCCACCCGUCUCAAUCCAGUAGCAACUCUAAACGAAAACGGAAUCGCCGGAAAGCAAACGGCUCAGCGCUUUCCACGGCGGUCCAGGGCGAGGGCAGUGAAGAUGACGAGCACGAAGUGGAAGAUUCAGACGGCGGCGUCUCGUUCAAAGACCUGCUACGACAUGGUGUACUGGUCUAUGUGAAUGGAGUGCAGUCAAACAACUUGUUUGCGAAUGUGAUGGAUGACGAAGACGAUGAUGAGUGGGAGGAUGAUCCAGAGUCUGUCCCUCCUGCGUCCAGCGAAGAGCUGGAGGAGAAUAUGGAGCAGGGUGUGACUCGUCGUCGGCCUCGGAAUGCAAGGUUUGGUGCGUCAGCAGCGGAGGCGGCGUGUAAGCCACCAGGGAAGAAGAAGGACGAGAAGCACCAUAAAGGAGAUAAAGACCGAGCGGUGCUGGUGAUAUAUGGGCUGAUGCCGGGAAAGGAGUACGAGGUGGAGCUGAGGGUGGUGGGGAUGGGAGGCCAGGAGGCGGAUCCUACGCCAUCGACGAGUGUCCUGAUACCUGCAUCCCCUGGACAGGCAAACUCUUUCCAUCCCCGUUCGAGAGCAAACUCUCUUCGCUCACGAUCCCGUCCACGCUCCCGCUCCAACUCUCUCACCACCCGCCAAUUCGAACCAACGCCCGCCGAAUCCACGCCUGCCCCGGCUACCGAAGCCGUCAUCCCCACUCCGAUCUUGAACCCCAUCGAUACGCAAGCCGCCCAGCUUCGCCAUGCCAUUGCAACCUUGCAUUCUGAAAAAGAUGUGCUUCAAACGCAGAUCAAGGAAGCGCGCCGGACUGCGCAACGGCAGGAAGCUGCUUUGAAGCAAGAGAUUGAAGGGGCCAAGAAGGGUAUAGACAAGGCGGGUGGGAUGGAUUUGAGGGCGAAGCAGAAAGCGUUGGCUUUGCAAGAGCAGGUCAAGCAAGGCUGGGCUGGUGCAGAAUCGGCAGAGAAAGAGGCAGGGGAAGUGGAGAGUGGCCUCGGUGACUUGGAGAAGCGAUUGGAAGAGUUAAAGGCCGAGGUGGAUCAAGUGGAGAGGGAAUGGAAAGGUGCAAAGGACGAGGAAGACCGGGUGAAGGAGGACGACAAGAAGACUAGGGUGGAAGAAGACAAGAAAUUGCAAGACGUCGUCACCAAGAUUGAAAAGCUUCGAACGAAAAAAGUCAAGCGCGAAGCCGAGGGCGCCGAUCUUGAAAAGCGUAUCGAAGAACUCGAGAAGGAAUGUGAAGAAGUCGAGAGGAAGAAUGAGGACGAAAAGGCCUCUCGGUCGAGGACAAUGUCCUACUAUGCCGCGGGGUAUGGGCAAAACCAGCCUCAUCACGACGAUGCUCCUGCAUUUGGCCCUGUCGGUGCGCCAGCGAGCAGAGGUAUCACACAACACCAGUCCCUCUCCAACCUCGCCGGAGGGUACGCUGCUGGCCCCGCUUAUCGUCCUCGAGCCGUACCAGGCUACACCCCGCGUUUCCCGUCUGGUGGCGCUCGCCCUUCCCCACCUCUGCCCAGUCCAACACACGGCAACAACUUGUACCCCAUCUCGCACCCCGUCCCGCCCUCGGCAUCCGCAUGUUCCCCGUCAUUCCGCGCACCGAAACUCGGACCCAUGGCUUCGAGGCCCGGGGUGAACGCUUCUGCUCUGCCUUUCCAUCCUGCUACCAUCGCAGCCAAUGCCGCCAACGCUGCUGCCAACGCGUCCCCAGUCUCGUCCCCCGGUGCCGCCGCCCCCUCCCCCGCCGCGCAAGAGCAUACCACAUCCCUCAUCCCUCCCGGCUUACAACACCGUAUCUACCUCCCCCACAACCCCUCUCGACCCGGUAGUGUCCGGCCUUUCCAGCCUUCUCCUCUACAUGCCGAACGCCCAGGGACGCCCGUGAGCGCGACAAAGGUGCCAGGGUUACCUUCUUCUCCAACGUCAGCAGACUCGGGUGCGGAGGGUGAGAGUUCACCGGCGUUCCCGCCGUUACCUGGAUCAGGCAGUAAAUCUUCUCCCCCGCCGCCGGCUGGGGGAUCUCAACAAGGCCCGAGUUUGGCUAGUAUCGUUACGAGAGCUGUUUUGAGCCCUACCAGUGCCCUCGUUCAGCCCGGCCAGCCUUCUCAGACCCCGCCCCAGUCACAGGGCUCGACUCCUCAGUCUCAGGUUCAAGGACAAGCGAGACCAUCACCUCCUCCGGGCAUGCUAGGCCAGCACCCGCACCCGGGGAUGAUCAAGCGCCAGAGCUAUACCGGCGAUUUCCCAGCACUCUCCCCGAAAUGGGGAGCGCCUGUCCCUGCACCUGGGGCAGUGGGAGGUACUACCUCGAGAGGCCCCUCGCCGCCUGGUGCUCAUCUCAACGGCAACACCAAUGGGAGAGGGAGUAAUAGUGGAAAUGGGAGUACGGGUGCUGGAUCGCAGUGGGGCUGA